CGCAGAAAAGGAGGAGGAAUAGAAGAUUUCUAUUGCUUGGCUCUCAUGGAGCUUCUUCUUCUUCUUCUAGCCGGUAGCAGUUUCAGCUCAUCAGUUAAUUCAAGCUUUUUAAGGCGUUUCAUCUCUGGCGGAAAGUGAAAAACGGUUGUAAAUUUUGAAAAAACAAGAGAAAACAUGUUCAUCACCUUGAAUAUAGUCGAAUUUCUCUUGUAUUUGCAUCGUUUAGGAGUUUAGGAACAUCUAAGUUUGGAGAGUUUUAGUUGUUAGUUAGGAUAUGAAAUUUGGCCGUGCGUAUAGAUCGAGGUCGCUCAAGGUUGUUCAGGAUUGUUCUGUUUCACUGGCUCCUCCUCCACCUGAUAAGGAGAAGGAUGUAAUUAGACAGAGUUGUUGGUCGAAUAUGCCGCAGGAGUUGUUGAUUGAGGUAUUAGCGAGGAUAGAGGCGUCGGAAAACAGUUGGCCUCUGAGAAAGAAUGUGGUUGCUUGUGCCGGAGUUUGCCGGAGUUGGAGAGAAGUUAUGAAAGAGAUUGUUAGAACACCGGAGAUCUCUGGAAAGUUAACCUUCCCAAUUUCCGUUAAGCAGCCUGGUCCAAGAGAUUCUCUUUUCCAGUGUUUUAUAAGACGGAAUCCAUCUACACAAACAUUCCGUCUUUACCUUAACUUAACUCAAGCACUUGCAGAUGAUGGGAAAUUCCUGCUGGCUUCUCGAAAAUUCAGGCAUGCCACCUGCACCGACUACUUCAUCUCAUUGAAUACUAACGAUAUGUCAAGAGAUAGUCGUGCUUAUGUUGGGAAACUAAGAGCCAAUUUCCUGGGAACCAAGUUCACAAUAUAUGAUAGCGUUCCACCUCAUGCGGGAGCAAAAAUGUCAAAGAGUUGCUCUGCUAAGCUUGUAGGUUCAAAACAAGUGUCCCCCAGAGCUCCUGCAGGCAAUUAUCCAGUGGCUCACAUCUCCUACGAGUUGAAUAUGUUGGGUUCCAGGGGUCCAAGAAGAAUGAACUGCGUGGUGGAUGCAAUUCCUGCUUCAGCUAUUGGACCUGAAGGAAUGGCUCCUACUCAGACUGAGUUCCCUCAUAGCAAAAACAAUGAUUCAUUGACUCAACCAUCUUCCCUAUCAAAAUCAAUCUCUAUGGAGAACUCCUCUUCUUCUAGUGGACAUUACUUGAAUCUUCUUGAUAGAGACAAUAACAAACCACUGGUACUGAGAAAUAAGUCUCCAAGAUGGCAUGAACAGCUUCAGUGCUGGUGUCUGAAUUUUCACGGAAGGGUAACAGUUGCUUCGGUUAAAAAUUUCCAGUUGGUGGCUUCGGCUGAUCAGAAUGGUCCAGAACAAGAGAAUGUAAUCCUCCAGUUUGGAAAAGUUGGGAAAGAUGUGUUUACUAUGGACUACAGAUACCCAAUAUCAGCAUUCCAGGCGUUUGCAAUUAGCCUUAGCAGUUUUGACACCAAGAUUGCUUGUGAAUGACACAAAAUUCGCUGCUGUUGUCGUCACCUUCAGAGCAGGUUUGU